AUGGAGUCUGUCUCUCCACUUUACUCGUCGGUCACGGAGAAGAGAUACUACUCUCCACCAUGGGCGGAUUUGAGUAUUAUUGGGAUUGCAGGCAGUUCGGGCUCUGGCAAGACGUCCGUGGCCAUGGAGAUUGUUAAAUCCUUGAAUCUGCCAUGGGUUGUGAUUCUUGUUAUGGACUCGUUCUAUAAGAGUUUGACUCCAGAACAACAUGUCAAAGCGCAUGCAAAUGAAUUCGAUUUCGACUGUCCGGAUGCAAUCGACUUCGAUGCAUUAGUACAGACGUUAAGGGAUCUCAAGCAAGGAAAGAAAGCAAACAUACCUGUCUACUCUUUUGCUGAACAUCAGCGCCAACCUCAGACAACCACUCUUUACUCGCCGCAUGUCUUGAUCUUGGAGGGAAUUCUGGCGCUCCAUGAUCCGAGAAUCAUGGAGAUGUUGGACGUCAAGAUUUUUGUCGAGGCAGAUAUGGAUGUUUGCCUUGGACGCAGAAUAUUGCGUGAUGUCCGGGAGAGAGGCAGAGACAUUGACGGUAUCAUUAAACAAUGGUUCCAAUUCGUCAAGCCAUCGUAUAAGCAAUACGUCGAGCCUCAACGGUCGGUUUCGGAUAUUAUCAUCCCCCGCGGAAUUGAGAACAAAACGGCCAUCGAUAUGGUUGUGAAACAUAUCCAGCGCAAACUUCAGGAGAAAUCCGAAAAACACAGCGCAGAGUUACAGAAGCUGGAGAUGAUCGCUUCAGAAGAACAAUUGUCUGCAAAUGUGUUCCUCAUGCCUCAGACCCCGCAAUUCGUCAGCAUGAACACAAUAUUACAGGACCCUGCGACAGAACAGGUCGAUUUUGUCUUCUAUUUUGACCGGCUCGCUUGUCUACUAAUAGAGAAGGCCUUGGACUGCAGUCGGUAUCACCCGGCCAAAGUCGAGACCCCUCAAGGGGAUAAUUAUAACGGAUUACAUCCGGAAGGUCUAGUGUCUGCUGUAGCAAUUUUGCGAGGUGGUUCUUGUCUUGAGACAGCUCUCAAGCGAACCAUUCCUGAUUGUAUUACUGGUCGACUGCUCAUUCAGACGAACGAGCGGAACGAGGAGCCAGAGCUGCAUUACUUGAAACUGCCGUCAGGCAUUGAAGAGCACGCAACAGUCAUGCUCCUUGAUCCUCAAAUGGCUAGUGGAGGAGCUGCCCUGAUGGCGGUUCGGGUCUUAGUCGAUCACGGAGUCGCGGAAAACAGAAUUGUCUUUGUGACCUGCGCCGCUGGAAAGGUUGGGCUUAAGCGGCUCAGCACCGUUUACCCUGAGGUCAGGGUCAUUGUAGGGAGGAUCGAGGAGGAGCGAGAGCCUCGAUGGUUGGAAAAGAGAUAUUUCGGAUGUUAG